AUGGCUGCAGCAGCAGCAUUUUUGCCUAUGGCAUUGGCUUUUUUGUUGGGAUUAUUCACUGCAAUUUGCUGCAAGUUUUUCAAAGUCUCCAUUUUCAGACAAAAACCUGCAACAGUAUUAACAACACCAAAUGGAAGCAUCUUCUUCUACUUGCCUUUGUUAGGAGAAACUUUAUCUUUUCUCAAGCCACACAAUUCUAAUUCUCCAGGCACUUUCUUACAACAACAUUGCUCAAGGUAUGGAAGAGUCUUCAAAUCCCAUCUAUUCGGCCGCCCGACAAUAGUUUCGUGUGAUCACGAUUUCAACAUGUUCAUACUCCAGAACGAGGAAAGGCUUUUUCGGAGCAGUUAUCCUAAGCCAAUCCACGACAUUCUUGGUAAACAUUCGAUGAUGUUGGUCUCCGGAGAUCUUCAUAAGAAGCUUAGAAGCGUAGCCGUUGGGUUCAUAAACGGUUCAAAAUCGAGGCCCGAUUUUCUUGAUUAUGUCGACAAGUUGUGCGUUUCGUUAGUCGAAUCGUGGAAAGCGAAAAACCAAGUGCUUUUCUUUAAAGAAGCCAAAGAGCUAACUUUUUACAUUAUGCUGAAAAAUUUGGUGAGCAUUGAGCCUGAGGAUCCACCUGCUGCAAACAUACUUGAAGAUUUUCUCACAUUUAUGGAGGGUUUUGUUUCUCUGCCUCUCUACAUUCCAGGGACUGCUUAUUCUAAGGCCAUCAAUGCCAGGAGAAGGAUAUCGAACACUUUACACGAAAUUAUAAAAAAGCGGGAAAAUACGUUCACGGGUAAAAAAACACUAAGAAGAGGAGAUUUUCUUGACGAGAUCUUAUCAAACGGCGGAUUAAAUUACGAGGAAAAAGUAAUAAGUGUUUUGCUGGACCUUUUGCUAGCGGGUUACGAAACAACCUCAGGGCUGAUGGCCCUCGUCGUCUAUUUUCUGGCUCAGGCCCCAUUAGCCCUUCAGACACUUCAGAAUGAGCACAAAGUACUGAGGAAAAGGAAGAAAGAAGGGGAGCCUCUUAACUGGGACGAUUACAAGAAUAUGGAAUUCACGUCUCAUGUGCUUAAUGAGGCUCUGCGUUGUGGAAAUCUGGUUAAGUUUGUGCACCGGAAGGCCCUCGAGGAUGUAAAGUUCAAAGGGUAUGUAAUUCCAGAGGGAUGGCAAGUUCUCCCAAUUAUCUUAGGUGCACAUCUUGAUCCAACCCUUCACCAAAAUCCCUCUGAAUUCAACCCUUGGAGAUGGAUAGACCCAACAACAAGCAGAAAAGUGAGCCCUUAUGGUGGUGGACUUCGAAUUUGCCCUGGGGCAGAGCUUGGUAAACUAGAGACUGCAUUUUUCCUUCACCAUCUUGUGCUUAAUUUUAGGUGGAAAACAAGUGAAGAAGAUUGUCCAAUAUCAAGACCAUACUUGGAGUUCAAGAGAGGUUUAUUGCUGGAGAUUGAACAAAUUGACUAG